AUGAGAGAAAAGUGGAGAAAGAAGAGAAUGCGAAGACUUAAGAGAAAAAGACGUAAGGCACGUAAGUGAUAGGGAUAGUGAUAAUUAUAAACAUAUUUAAUUUGAACAUCUUUUUAUAUUAAAUUAUAGCAUUCUUAGAAUAUUAGUUACCUAAAGGAUGAAUAAUUUCUUUAGGUUGGAAAAAUGUUUUAGGAUUUAAUUGAUGAUUAAUAAAGAUGGCCAAAAUUGUCCAAUUGAUCUAAUAAAGUUUUGA